GCGCAACAUGUCUCAGAUGGACUACAAUUACGUGCUAAAGAUAUUGGAUAUUGGAGGUGCAUAGGUUGACUGUGGCGUUACAUUGUGUGCGAUGUCCGUUCAGAAGAGCUACUUUUGAAAUGGUCUUAGAUCAGUGGAUAGAGUCUGUCAAAACUUGUAAAUACCUUCCAGAAAACGAACUUAGAAAAUUAUGCAGCUAUGUUAGUGAAUUGCUUAUUGAAGAGUGCAAUGUACAGCCUGUUUCCUUCCCUGUUACAAUAUGUGGUGAUAUUCAUGGACAGUUCUAUGAUCUUUUGCAGUUAUUUCGCAGAGGAGGCAAACUACCUGACAGGAAUUAUAUUUUCAUGGGAGAUUUUGUCGACCGUGGCUAUUACAGCCUUGAAACUCUCACAUUCCUUCUUGUUUUAAAAGCCAAGUAUCCCGCACAAAUAACAUUGCUGAGAGGAAACCAUGAAAGUCGGCAAGUUACCCAGUGCUAUGGCUUCUAUGAUGAAUGUAUCAAUAAAUAUGGCAAUGCAAAUCCAUGGCAUUAUUGUUGCAAAGUCUUCGAUCUUCUUACUAUAGCUGCAUUGGUUGGGGAAAAAGUCCUUUGCGUUCAUGGAGGUCUGUCACCUCAAAUCAAAACACUUGAUCAAAUCCGGACAAUCGACAGACAUAUGGAAAUACCCCAUGAAGGUCCUUUUUGUGACAUUUUAUGGUCAGAUCCUGAUGAUGUAGCCCAGUGGGCUGUCAGUCCGCGUGGUGCCGGAUACUUAUUUGGACCAAAAGUAUGAGUAUUCAGUUUCUUAGACAUAAGUAAAAGUUUACAUUUGGAUGUACUGGUACAUAUUUCCAUGUUUUUUUUUUCUAAUUGAUGCAUAACUUUUUAAAGUGUAACCCUUAGAUGGAGUAAUAUUUAUAAACUAUAUCCACACUAUUUCGUUCAUUCUCAAGUCAACAACUUAGUUUUAUCAUUUAGAUAGUUCCAUGUAUAGUCUACAUAGUCAGUAACUCCAUAGCCUAAUUCCAUUUUCAGUUUGUCCAUUCUUGUUUUAUUUUUCAACUUCAUCAUCAACCGAUACCAGUAACUUUCCAUCCACGUCACAAUCCUCUCAGCUUAAUCAGUAGAGGUUCAAGAACUCAUCUCACUACAUGCAAACAGUAGUUCGAAAUCAUGUUUAUCCUUACGACAUGAUCAAGCAACCUUAGCAUUAUUUUGUGAUCUGAUCACUUUUCGGUAGAUAGCUAAAUACCCCAUCUAUGCCAUAAGUAGUAUAGGUUGACAAGUUGUAGGGAUGUCUUAUGUUUCAAUAGCGACAUUUUGUCGGUGUUCAGCCUGUCAAGGUUAAUACAGCAUCCCAAGUGCAUUGGUCUACACUCUCAACGAAGUCUUUUUCUGUACCUUGAUUAAACGUUGGUGCGGAUUAGCCUCAGAGUAUCAUUUUAUAUUAAGGAUGGUGCAUAGCUCAUAUCAAACGUCAAAUUUUCUCAUUAUUUUUAUAAUACUAUGUCUAUCAUUUGUAUUCCAUUAGUUAUUUGUUACAUUCCUAGUUAGAAAACUAUUCUGGAGAGUUGGAACCACUUUCAUUGGUAUAUUUGUGAAUAUAUUGAACAGGAUUGGUAGUAGUUGCAAUUUUUAUCGUAUAUCACUCAUCAUCACAAAGAAUAUGGCUCAGGAUCAAGUGUAUAAAGUGGUGUCGUAAACAAGUUACACUAAAAUAUGGUUAAUGAUCCCCUGGCGACCGUGAAAUCUGCUUAGUUUGCUUGUAUUUCCUUUUCUCAAACAGUAAUUAACUUUCAAACCUGGAAUCCCGGUGUCUAUGUUAGUUAAACUGGUUACUUUGAGGCUGUGGCAGAAAACUUUUCUGUUAUUUCUAUCAAGCGGCAGUAAUACUUUGUUAAGACCAACCUGUGAAGAAAAUUUUUUUGUCAUAACCCGGAUAAUACUUCAAUUAAUUCAAUUAUUAGAAGCAACUCAGGUCUAUAUUAGCCUAGUGUAUUGGUUAGAUUUUGGUUAUUUCAGGAAGUCUAUAAGUUGGAUUUGUUGUAAUUUGUUUGGAGUAUACUCAUGAAUUUCACUACACUACUUGUUUUGUUACUGUAAUGCUGAAUUGAUUUAAGUCAUUUUGUAUGAAAAUCUGAACAUGGUUAUUUUAGUUUGUUACAAAAUGAUUAUAUUUUCUUCUCUAAUAAUCUAACUGCUCUAAAUUCAGAAGUAUACAUUUAUAUAAAUCUUUACAAUUCUUACUACAUUUUCCAAAUGUUAUAAAGUUUUUUAGAAAUCACACUCAACACUUACUAUCACUAUCACUUUUGUAAACCACUUUCAGGUCACUCGUGAAUUUGUUGAGCUAAAUGGUUUGGAGUCUAUUUGUAGGGCUCAUCAACUUGUCCAUGAAGGUUAUAAGUGUAUGUUUGAUGGACGGCUAAUCACUAUUUGGUCAGCUCCAAAUUACUGUUAUCGUUGCGGGAAUAUAGCAGCAAUUUUGGAGUUUCAGAGUCCGACACAAUUCGACGCCAAACUUUUCGAGGCUGUACCAGAUGAAGAAAGAGUCAAACCUCCUCUAAGAAUUACUCCUUACUUCUUAUAAUAUAAUUCAAAACCUUAACUUUUUCAGCAAAUAAUGAUCUUUUUGUUAAUUCUCAUUAACAUUACGAUCUUCAACUGCAGCUAAAAAACAACAUGUUGCAACGUAAAAACAGGCAAUAAAGUUGUACAGAUCUCUUAGAUUUUCAUCUACGAAUUCAUGUUGUAUUCUUUUUGUAAAUUUUUCAAGUCAAAAUAUAUCACUGGAACUAAAGA